UCCGCUUGCUCUGGCGCAGGUGAAUUGGCAUUGGAGCUUAUCUGCUGGAAACGCUUCAGCAACGUGUUUAUGAGGUGCCUUAUAUCUCAUGCCACCUCAUCUGGACGGUAAUUGUCAGUUUGUAAUAACAAUUCGUGCGUUGUUCUGGUAGGUCGGUAUAAAACGCGCACAGGAAUUUUUUACCCGUUUCAGUUCACUGCCGGUGAUCGAUUGACUUAUACGUGCGUUCGAAGCCUCCUAAAAGGGCACAAAACGGAGUGCUGUCCGGUAGCGGGAGAAAAUGCCAUUAGCUUAUCAGCGGAGAGUAGUUUGGCUCCUUUUUGGUGGACCCUGAUGGUGGCUUUGCUGGAGUUGUGAUUGCAGCUGGGAGAAGUUUGAAGAUUAACAUUUCCGUUGAGGAAAUCUACUCAGUGAUAAGUGAGAAAAUAUAUUCUUAGGCAAGUGGAAGUGCAUUCGGGCUGCAAUCAGUUCCAGUUCGACCUAACCGUUGUGCAGUUUCUGUUGAUAAUUGAAUUGAAAAUGGAUCGUGACCAACAACUAGCGAAGAUGCAGUGUCCCCAGCAAUUAAGUGAUGAGAAAAUAAUGGAUAACCUGCUGAAAGUUCGACACGAUCAUGCCAAAUCAUUGGAAAAGGAUUAUUCCCAUUUGUUUAGAACCAAGUCGCGCCUGGAGCUCCUGCGGUUGUCCGUCUACCAGCUCGGUGUGGAAUUUUGCUACGCCGCCGAAACGGCCUUCGUCAGUCCGAUCCUGCUGGGCAAUGGACUGCCGUACACCUUCAUGACGAUGGUUUGGGCCUUUGCUCCGACGUUGGGAUUUUUUUGCGCUCCCAUGGUCGCGUCGUUCAGCGAUCAGCUGCGGACCCGAUGGGGUCGACGCCGACCGGUUCUGCUGGUGCUCGGACUCGCUGUGGUGCUUGGGUUGCUCAUUCUGCCGCAUGGAAGAACGAUUGGAAUACUGCUGGGGGACGAAGAGGUUCCGGUUGAGCAGAUGACCGGUUUUCGGUGGGGAGUGCUAAUAACCGUGAUUGGGCUGGUUUUAACCGAUUUUGACGUGGAAACAAGCAGCGGGGUCGGUCGCACUUUCUACAUGGAUGUGUGUAUUGUGGCUGAUCAUACUCGAGUGCUGACAACGGCGAUGAUCGUCGGUGGAAUUGGUGGAGCAGCAGGGUACUCUCUGGGGGCGAUAGAUUGGCAGUUGACGGAUGUUGGGACGCUGUUGGGCAGUAACGAAGUAACAGUAUUUGCCGGCGUCGUCAUUGUUGUUGGGAUUGCCUUGUUCAUAACGUUGACCAGCUUCCGAGAGGUUCCGCUUUCGUUGAUGGAGCAGGAUCCCCUCUUAAAGCCCGUCACUCCGAGGGUUUUCGAAGUGGAGAAGAAUCGCCAACGAACAGUUUACAGUAUUAGUGGGCCAGUAGUGAAGUCACAUAAGGUGGAAGGUGUUCCAGUUAUGGUGGCUGAUGUGGAUGACGAUAAGCCGUUGACAUUUUUGGAUUUCUUCAAAAAUUUGCGACAAAUGCCACGGUCGUUGGCUACAUUAUAUUUGACGCAGUUUUUAGCACAGGCGGGCUACAUGAGCUACUGUUUGUAUUUCACAGACUAUGUUGGAAGUACGGUUUACGGAGGCGACGUAACGGCACUGACAGAUUCACCGGAACUGGAACUGUAUGGCCACGGAGUCCGGUUCGGAUGCUGGGGGAUGGCACUGUUCGCCCUGAGUGCAGCAAUUUACUCGCUAGUCAUCGAACGCGUAAUCGAAUGUUUCAGCUCGCGGUUCGUUCUCGUUGGCGGGCUGCUUGUGUUCAGCGUUGGAAUGCUGCUGAUGGGCAUCAUCAAUACGAAGUGGAUGGUACUCGUUUGCGGCGUGACUGUGGGGAUCAUGUAUGCCACCAUCUAUAGCGUACCAUUCCUGUUGAUUUCGCGGUACCAUUCCAGGAACUCGUUUGCUAUGAAAGAUGGAAAAUUCGUCGAGAAUCAUCAACGAAGAGGAUUUGGUGCGGACGUGUCUAUGUUAAGCAGCAUGCUGUUUUUAGCACAACUCCUAAUUUCGCUCAUCAUCGGCAGUGUGAUCGACGCUCUCGGUUCAGCGGCCGUAAUCGUCUACUCGGCCAGUUUAUUCUCGUUCCUCGCCUCGAUUUCUGCAACGCAGAUACUCUUUAUGGAUGACUGACGCGUCACGUUGCUGCAACAAGUGCACACGGAGCUGAAUGGUUUCGAUUGGAAACGAAUGUGUCGCACAUCGUUCACCGAUGUAUCAGUCGAUUGGAAGGCGAGGAAAUAGGAGCUCUCGAAUCAAUGACCAAAAACAUAAAUGCAGUUCAAAUGCAGGUGCUCAUAAAGGAAGAGGGUGAAGUAUAGGAUCGUAUGGGUCAUCUACCUCAUAUUGAAUGUUAGGCAAUUGGUUUUUAGAUGUACCUGUUUUUGAGUAAUGUUGAGUAUGCCACACGAAGUUCAAACUAAUGCAUUUGGUAGGCAUAAGAUUUAACUGAAUAGUAGAUGAUGAUGAUGAUGCACCGAGAAUAAUGAAUUUAAAGCAGGCUUAGCUUAAGAAAGCCAUGUCAUAUGUAAGAAAAAAAAAAUCAGUGUAUUGUCGUUCUACGCAACAUUUUCUUUACAAAAAAAAUGAGUAUCUUUGCGUCGUCGAAACAUAUAUAAUAAGUUAAGCUGAAAACCGGAAUAAAAGACGUCGCGGAGUUUGGGUUUUUUUUUUUGCAAUCUGUACGUUAUUAGCGAAGUAAGAUUAGGAACAAGCCUCCCGGAAUCCAGAAAUGAAUGCACUCCUGUUUUCAAGGACACCCUAUUCAAAACGGGAGCCACGCACGUGGCCAGCAUGCCAGCAUGCGUGCAAUAAUAAAAAUGACAGUUGUACGUGACUUCCGUUUUGAAUGGGGUGCUCUUGAAAACGCGAGUGCAUUAGGUUUAAACUCCGGGAGGCUUGUCCUUAAACGUAUGGAUUGCAAGAAAAAAUUAACUUUACCAGAGGCCCAUACCACUAUACCAGUUUUCAACUUGAUUGAGUAAAUUUUUUGGAUACUAUACUAUUAAGGACAAUCAAGAACUCACGGGGCAGUUCAGCGUAGAGCAGUGCCGUAUUGAAAUAAAAUUCAAGUAUUAAUUGGAUUAGAGGGAACUCUAUUUCUAGACUUAAAAUUAUAAUCUCAGUUGUGACUCAAGCACAAUAAUUUAAUUUCUAUCGUUGUACAGCAAUCAUUACAAACCAUUUCAUUUGACAAUAAACUCAUAAAAUAAGAAUUGGCAACGAUACAGAAGUAAAUACAAAGUAUUUGAUUCAUUACUUACUAUGAAAAAUCCCAAUCAUUCCACUGACAUCGCAUAAAUAGCAAUAAAUGUUAAAAA